CGGUUGGCCCUGAUUCCCUGACCAAUCAGAGCAGCGUGGUCUGGGAUGGUUGCGAGAGUUGGGUUGUUGAAUCUGUUAGGACAACAAGCCGCUGCAGCUUUCUCAGUGUACCGGAUGGAUGGAUGGAGGGAUGCUGGCGAUGAAUGAGUUGCUGCUUUGCUGCAGGACGUGUGUCCUUUAACUGAGGCCACAUGUGUAUCCGGACAGAUGGAUCGCUGUAAGCACGUGGUUCGCCUUCGCCUGGGCCAAGAUCAUUCAAUUCUCAAUCCACAGAAAUGGCACUGUGUGGAGUGCAGCACCACCGAUUCAGUGUGGGCCUGCCUCAAGUGUUCCCACGUAGCCUGUGGACGUUUCAUAGAGGAGCACUUUCUCAAACACUUUGAGGAGUCACAACACCCACUGGCCAUGGAGGUGCGUGAGCUGGAUGUCUUCUGCUUUGCUUGUGGAGACUAUGUUCUGAACGACAAUGCAGAGGGAGACCUGAAACUCCUCAGAGGUGCCCUCUCUACGGUUCGGAGCCCAGGUAGGCGGUCACUGCGCUCUUCCACCGGAGCCUGGGAAGGCAGGGAACCUGCCAUGCAGCUGGCCCUCCGCCACAGGAGGAAAAUGCUUCUGGGAAGGAUGCUCCAGAAAUGGAUCAACAAACACCAGGAGGUUCAGAAUCAGCGCCAAGAGAAACUUGAGGAGGUCAGGAGACAGAAGAGGGAGGUGAAAAGGAAGCUACUGGAAGAUCUUGGCAACAUUCCCCCCAGAAAGAGUGCCAGGCUUCUUACUCAGGCGCCACGUUCAACCAUGACACUCAUCCCUCGCAAAUUUCGCGAGCCCCCAGAACGCCUACCUCCACCUCCUAAGAAGCCUUCUCUACUCACCCUGCCCCGCAGUGUUCCAGAGAUAAGCAGAGCCGCUAGAUUGCGGAGAUACUACUCAACGCACGCGGUUACACGGAGGAGACGGGCUCCAGGUGUCACCGGUCUGCGCAACUUGGGAAACACAUGCUACAUGAACUCAAUAUUGCAAGUGCUAAGUCACCUGCAGAAAUUCAGGGAGUGUUUUCUCACUUUGGACCUGUGUGAGACUGAGGAGCUGCUGGCCAAGACCAACCACUCCCAGGGAAUGAAGGGGGUGACGGGAGCAGUUGUCAGUAGCGGCACCACACCACUGUCAGAUCACCCCCUUGGACGUAUGGGUAAGGCGGGUUGUUGGAAUUUGCCUGUAAGAGAGAGCGUCCCUCCCUCCCCGCAGGCUGCAGAACUGGUCCAGCCCAAAAAGCUUCGCUGCUCCACUCGCCAGCAAAUGUCUCUGUGCCACGAGCUACAUACACUUUUCAGGGUCAUGUGGUCUGGCCGGUGGACUCUCGUAUCUCCCUUCGCCAUGCUGCACUCCGUGUGGAACCUCAUCCCGGCCUUCCGUGGAUAUGACCAGCAAGACGCCCAGGAGUUCCUGUGUGAGCUUCUGGACAAGGUGCAGCAGGAACUCGACACAGAGGGGUCCAAGCGGCGGAUAGUUAUCCCUAUCACUAAGAGGAAGCUGUCCAAGCAGGUGCUGAAGGUUCUGAACACCAUCUUUCAUGGACAGCUGCUGAGUCAGGUGACGUGUUUGUCCUGUAAGCACAAGUCCAACACGGUGGAGCCAUUCUGGGAUUUAUCUCUAGAGUUUCCAGAGCGGUAUCACCAUAGGAACAAAGGCUCUGGAGCGACUGCUCACCAGCGCAGCUGCACCCUCAUAGAGAUGCUGUCCAAGUUUACAGAGAUGGAGGCUCUGGAAGGCAACAUCUACGCCUGCAACCACUGCAACAAAAGAAGAAGAAAAUCCUCCCACAAACCUUUAGUUCUGUCAGAAGCACGAAAGCAGCUUCUGAUCUACCGCUUACCUCAGGUUCUACGGCUGCACCUCAAACGCUUCAGAUGGUCAGGCCGGAACCACAGGGAGAAAAUCGGCGUCCAUGUGGCCUUUGACCAGGUUCUGAACAUCAAACCGUACUGCUGCACAGACUCAGGUCACUCUGUCCACAGAGGAGGCUACACCUACGAUCUGUCGGCUGUGGUCAUGCAUCAUGGUAAAGGCUUUGGCUCAGGACACUACACCGCAUACUGCUACAACACAGAAGGAGGUUUCUGGGUCCACUGUAAUGACUCUGAGAUGAAGGUUUGCAGCGUGGAGGAAGUGUGCAACACUCAGGCCUAUAUUCUGUUCUAUACCCAGAGGUCUGCCUAGGCCCCUCUCUCGCUGUGACUGGUGCUGAGGGCUGCCCUUCACAAGAUGUUGUCUCAUGCUUUCCCUGAUGUCACUUUCAAAGGGUUUGCCAAACAAGAUGGUAGCGAAGGCAAAUGGGAAAUCAAUCAUAGAGGGGCAUCUCUACAAAUUAGAAUACAAGAAAAAGUUGAUUUAUUUCAGUAAUUCAUUUCAAAGGUUGUUUGUUUAAUGUGGAUUCUUUUCAAAUACAGUUCAUAUAAUCCAGGUAUUUCAGUUUAUUCAAUUAUUAUGCCUUGUUUAACCCCUUAAGCCCACGG